GCUAAUCAGCUCAUGUUUUGGCCCAGUAGCGUUCAUGAGAUUUAAUACUUAAGUCUUAAGAGAGAUAUGUAUAUUGGUUAUCUUAGGGAUGUGCCUGCGCUUCUAAUUAGUAUGCGGAUGAAUUGCUCCUGCCUAUUUCUGGUAAUUCAAGUGUAUAGUGAAGAUGAUACUAGCAGAGCUUUGGAAGUACCAAGUGAUAUAACAGCCAGGGAUGUAUGUCAGCUGUUGAUAUUGAAGAACCACUAUAUUGAUGACCACAGCUGGACUCUGUUUGAACAACUUACUCACACAGGUUUAGGAAGAGCUAUAGAGGACCAUGAAUUAGUGAUGGAAGUGCAGUCCAACUGGGGAAUGGAAGAGGAAAACAGACUGUAUUUUAGAAAAUAUUAUGCCAAAUAUGAGUUUUUUAAGAAUCCAAUGAGCUUUUUUCCAGAUCAUAUGAUGUCUUUCUCAAGUGAGACCAAUGCAGCUAUAAGCCACUCUGGGAUACUACAGAUGUUUCUAAACUCCAGCACGUAUCCUGAAAUUCAUGGUUAUUUGCAUGCAAAGGAGCAGGGAAAAAAGUCAUGGAAAAAGCUGUACUUUCUUUUGCGAAGAUCUGGCCUUUAUUUUUCCACUAAAGGUACAUCAAAGGAACCAAGGCAUCUGCAGUUUUUCUGUGAAUUCAGCAAUAGUGAUAUGUACAUGUCUUUGACAGGCAAAAAGAUAUCUGGAGCACCAACAAACUACGGAUUUUGCUUUAAGCCUAACAAAUCAGGAGGAACCAGAGACCUGAAACAGCUUUGUGCAGUUGAUGAACAAAGUAGGACCUGUUGGAUGACAGCAGUUAGGUUGCUUAAGUACGGGAUGCAGCUGUAUCAGAAUUACAUGCAACCUUAUCACGGUAGAAGUGGCUGCAGCCCUUUGAAUAUAACACCAAUGAGAAGCAUUUCAGAAAAUUCUUUAGUAGCAAUGGAUUUCUCAGGACACAGAAGCAGAAUUAUAGAAAAUCCAACAGAAGCCCUUUCAGUUGCAGUUGAAGAAGGAUUAGCAUGGCGGAGGAGAGGGUGUCUACGGCUCAAUUCACACAGUAGUCCUACUGCCAUGUCUAACAUAGCUAUACACAGAUCUCAGUCAUGGUUUCAUCAUAAAAUCUCUAGAGAUGAAGCUCAGAGACUUAUUUUGCAGCAUGGACUUGUAGAUGGGGUAUUCUUGGUACGUGAUAGCCAAAGUAACCCCAAAACAUUUGUAUUGUCUUUGAGUCAUGGAUUAAAAAUAAAGCAUUUUCAAAUUGUACCAUUGGAAGAUGAUGGGAAGCUAUUCUAUACCCUUGAUGAUGGUCAUACGAGAUUUACUGAUCUCAUCCAGCUAGUGGAAUUCUACCAGCUUAAUAAAGGAGUACUGCCUUGCAAGUUGAAACACUAUUGUGCGCGAAUUGCUGUUUAACCAAAGCAUCUAUCGUUUCGUCAGAGGGAAAGGAAGGUACUAGAAUACUUUUUCCCCUCAAAGCAAUUUUUGUAGUAAAAAGGGGAAAAGCAUUGCAUUGAAAAGAUUUGAAAUUUCAGCUGCAAAAAGAAUGUAUAUGCUCCAUAGAUGAAGUACUUUGCAUUGUGAUUGUCAUUGCAAAAUAAGUUUAUGGUUUUAAAAGAAAGAAUACCUUACUUCAUAUGUAAUUAUUUAGUGUUAUCUCAGAACUCUUUUUUUAACUGCAAACUUUUUUAAAAAUAAUAUUGUGUAACUUCACCUACAGAAAUAAAACCGAAGAGAAGUUCUUUGUUCUUAGCUUUAAAAUGAAUUAGUUGCCUUUUCAAGUGUUUCUCAUAAUUUCUGUUCAUCAGAUGGAAGAACAACUUUUACUUUUUUGGUGAGAAUUAGAAGCUAAACUGUGCAUUUUAUUUGUAAAUAAAAUGAAAAAGUAUUUUGCACUAUAUUUUUGAAUGCUACUUUGAGGAUUAUCACAUAUAAA